AUGCGAAAAUCAAAGUUAAGGAAGGAGAAUUCCGCAAAAGGGAAGAUUAAUAACGUGGCGGAGAAGAAGGGGACGGAAGUGAAGGGGACAGGUGAAACGCUUAGCACGGUGGAGUCGACUAUGGAUUGGAAGAAGGAGUUAGCAUCAUUCCUCCGACAAAUGAGGGACGAAGGACGAGCUAUUGCCGAGGAAAUGAAGGCCAAAAGCAUAGAAGGAACGGGGGAAGGUCAGAGGAAUCAAGGCGAAUUGGUAGCGGAGCAAAUUUUCCGAUCGAAAAUGGCGGCGACUGAAGACGGGGCCGACCUGAGGACCUUUCUUAGUUUGAUGGAGCAAGAGUUUCGAGAAAUGAAAAUUUCGGAGGACCAAUGGGGAUUAUUGAGCGAGGAAGCAGGAGCGAUAAUCGGAGAAGAGAUGAUUUUACCGCCUUGGUUAUGGGAGCAGGAUGGGCGAGCGAACCCGCAUGGCCAGGUGCCAUACGCGGUGAUCCUCGGAAUUGAUUGGCUAGAUAGGUACAAGGUAGCGUGGUUUUUCGGAUCGGAUAAGCUGAGAACGUAUGUAAAGGGUAAGGUGUGCGAUUUACCCGUGUUGCGAAGAGAGGGAGAAAGGCCCAUGGAAAUUAUGGGAAGGGGUGAUAUAGACAAAACAGAUGCGGAUCUGGCAUAUGAGGAGUUAGCGAAGCAAGUAGCGAGGAUGACUACUGAGGAGGCUGCCGUAUUUGUACGUGCACCGAGCAAGCGUUACAAAGCGAAGCAUAGGAAGACGGGAAGGAUCAAAAUAAAGGAGCUCAUAGACCAGGCUAGGGAAAACGCUAAGGAACUGAAAGGCGUGAUACAAGGAUUAAAUUGCAUUGUCGAAUUGCCAGAAACAGAGGUCGAUCUAGACAGACGAAGAACAACGAUGAGACAAGGACAUAUAAUAGGAGCGAUUGUGCAACAAAGAAGGAAUACCAGGGAGUGGGAGCGGGGUGCGAAUGGACCUGGGAAACAAGAAGACUUUGAGGACAAGGAAGACUCACCAUGGCCUAAGGCUAUUCUGGAAUUUACAGAAUUUGACAAGUGGAUUGAAGGUGCGGAUGGAAUUAAACCGGCAGCCGACAAAGUGGAAGCGAUCAACCUAUGGCCGGAAGACCUUACUAACGAGACUCAGGUGCGACAAUUUCUAGGCACGGUUAACUACUGUAGAAUGUUCAUGGGGCCGAGAUAUGCAGAUCUCGCGCGGCCCCUGGUAGAUCUCACGCUACUUGAACAAGAGGAAAGGCCUGUCGGUUUCCUGAGUCAGGUUAUGACUCCCGCCCAGCAGCGAUAUUCGAUAUACGAUCAAGAAUUAUUGGCCCUUAUAACGGCACUGGACAAGUGGCAGCACCUACUAAGACUCGCAGAGGUUACCGCUUAUACUGAUCAUCAGGCGCUUACCUUUCUUCAACGUAUUAAUUCGCAGAAACCGUUGCGGGGUCGAACAGCGCGAUGGUUGGAUUUCCUGGCGGAGUUCCCCAAACUUAAGAUCACCUAUUUACAAGGCGCAAGAAAUAAGGUCGCGGAUGCGAUGUCUAGACAUCCCCAGUAUGUAAAUAGCGAAGCACUAAAACCUGCUCAGCUCUUAGCUUCCCUUAUCCAACAGCAGGAGGGAGAGGGCGUGCAUCCCAGAUAUUCUACGCGGUUAGCAACUGGGUCGGUACCGCCUACAGAUUUUCGGGCGAUGGUGGGGCGGAGGUCGGCCUCAAGCAGUCAGAGAAGAGAUGGAACGGAGUCUCAUAUUUCUUCGCGGGUUCCGGCAGAGAGUAUUGAUGAUUCGGUACAGGAUGCAUCCAGUUCGAACGAUCCAAUAAGUGACACUUCCAAUCCGGCAGUUCAGUUCUCAGAGACUCAGACGACCUCAUUCCCGAGUGCCGAGCUGAGGGCAGAAACACUCUCGGCACCUGAGCAUUUGUCAGCGCAACGUUGGCGAGAAGCCUACGACCGUUGUUCGCAGUUCAGGGAUAUUGUGGCAGAAGCAACGCGUAAAGGGGAAGAAGAGUUUGUGCAUCAGAUGCAGGGUCGCCGAGCGUCGAAAACAAUUUCUCAGAAGCCGGCGGGGCUUCUACAACCGUUGCUCAUUCCUUCUCGACGAUGGAGCCAUGUUAGCUUGGAUUUUAUUACAGAUUUACCUCUUACUCCGAGGGGACACGACGCUAUCUUAGUAAUUGUCGAUUCACUUAGUAAGAUGGCUCAUUUUAUUCCAACAAAAAAGUCGGCAACUACGGCGGAGGUUAUCGACAUUUUGGCGGAUCGCUUAGUUCGGUAUCAUGGGUUUCCCGAUGUCUUGAUUUCGGAUCGAGAUCCGCGGUUUCAGUCUCAGAUGUGGCAACUUUUAUGUCAGCGAUUUCAUAUAAAACGGGCGAUGUCGUCCUCUUAUCAUCCGCAAACCGACGGGCAAACUGAGAGGCUCAACCGCACAUUAGAACAGAUGCUUAGAACUUAUGUUCAGACUGAUGAGAGCGAGUGGGAACGAUUGUUACCGGCCUUGGAACUUGCUUACAAUACAACCUCACAUUCGUCGACGGAGCUCAGCCCUUUUGAAGUUAUGAUAGGGCAAAACCCAGUGACUGCUGCGGAAAUAGAUAUUGUUGGGGACCUCGCGCCUACGGUUACCCCUCCAAUGACGAAGGUUGCGUAUCGUAUCGAAUUGCCUCCUACGUAUUUGUGUCAUAAUGUUUUUCAUGUUUCGAAGCUCGUCCCUGAUCGGCCACGAGAUCCGCUAAUGCAAUCUAAGGAAGCAGCAGUAGGGUGA